AUGGCCACGCAGGCUACGAUUGUAUAUUUGAAUGCAGUCAUCAUCUGUUUGUUAGCUUCGGGUCACGCUGACGGCGGUGAUUAUGGCCCAAGACCUGAAAUCGGCUACCCAGCUGGUUUAAUACCGAAUUGUCCCGGCGUUUUGAAAAAUGCCACAAUCGGCGCAAAGAAUAUGCUCAUGUUUCGCAUCAUGGUGCACAAAGUGACGAACGGCCAGAUUCUGAGACAGAACUACCCAAUAGCCUCGGCAGCUAAAUCUUUAGCUAAAGAUAAGUUAGUGGAUUUUAGAAAAAAGAAGACUAUGUUGUACGCCGGCGGGUUCUUCGACAGCGCUUCCUUUCCCUUCAGCCAGUCCAUAGGUUCCGCCUACUCCAAGCGCGGAUAUAACGUCUUGAUGACGGAAACCUUUCACUUUCUCACGCAUAUUUACCCUAAAUCCGUGAGGCUGUCCAGGGUGCUCGGCGAGAAGAUAGGCGAGUUCUUAGUGAGCUUGACGGAGCACGGAUUGAGGGCUGAGAAUCUGGAGUUGGUAGGUAUCAGCAUAGGGGCGCACAUCGCCGGCUACGCGUCGAAGUACUUCUUCGCGGCGACCGGCAAGAAGCCGGCGCGGAUCACGGGUCUAGACCCCGCAGGGCCCUGCUACCGGGCCCUCCCCCCUAAUUCUAGGCUGCAGGCCAGCGACGCGGAGAGGGUGGACAUCCUCCACACGAACAUCGACGGCUUCGGCAUAGCCGAGAGGCUCGGCCACGUGGACUUCUACGUGAACGGCGGCGAGUUCCAGCCGAGCGACAUCCCCUUCAUCCCGUGCCUGAUCCUCUGCAGCCACUUCAGGUCCGCCUUCUACUUGUGGCAGGCGAUAGAGCACCCCAAGAAGUUCAUCGGCGUUAGGUGCGACUCGAUCCAGGACGCGCGUUUCGCGAAGUGCUUCAACAAUACGGAGACGAACUACGUGGGUUUGGAGACCAGGUUCGACAGGCCGGGCAUCUUCUAUCUCCCCACACACAACGAGUUCCCAUAUUACAGAGGGAAGGAGGGACUUAAGGAGGAGAACGAAAUCUACACUUCAGUGAGUCGAAGAAUCAAUGCGGAGGAACUGCUUCAAGUU